AUGAGGUCUGUCUCUAUGGAUUGCGUGGCUUCAAUGGAUUCUCUUCCAGAUGAUCUUCUUGUCCAAAUCUUGUCCUUUCUUCCUACGAAACAAACUGUUUCAACCUCUAUACUCUCCAAGAGGUGGAGGACUCUGUUUGCUUUCAGUCCUAAUCUUGAUUUUGACGAAUCCGUCUUCAGGCUCCCCAAAGAGAUGUAUAUAAGAUCGGUGGACAGUGUAUUGGCUUUCCAAGGUGGUAAGCAUAUGGAGAAGUUCUCACUUGUAUUUAAAUCAUUUGACGAUGAAGUAUAUGACGUUGACCGAUGGAUAUGUUAUGCCCUGGAACACGGUGUCUCUGAGCUUCAUCUAGACAUAGAAUCUAUAAGGUAUUAUGUUGAUCGUUCUAACUUAUGCGUUGUCGGCCUCUGUUACCAUCCUUGGCGUGAGUCUCCAUAUUGUCAUGUAGAUUCACUUGCCAAAGCUAAAUUGGAUCUUCAAUUCAUAGAUUUUCACUAUGAGGCAGAUGAUGCGGAUUUGACAACUCUCAUCAGUGGGAUACGCAAUGUCAAGACCCUUCACUUGACUUCUUCUGCUGUUGAGGUGAUUUUGGUUUGCUGCAAAGGUGAACUACCCGUGUUCAAAAACCUCAUUAAGUUAAUAUUUUCGAGUAAAAAAAAAGGUUGGAAAAUGUUUCUGCCACUUCUGCUAGAGCGUUCUCCAAAGCUAAACACCUUGGUUCUUUCGGAUCUACAUCGUUACACAUUUAGGGGACGAACAAAACUGUGUGUAGGGGUUCAAAUUCCCUCUAACAACAAAAUAAAGAUGCUGAGUAUCCUGCAAUAUGAAGGAAGCGCAAACGAGCUAAAACACAUUAACCAUUUCUUACUAAAAAUGGAGUGUUUUGAAAUGGUAAAAGUCUAUGUUGCAGCUGAGAUGGAUGACCUCAAAAAGAUGCAACUCACAGAUGAUCUGUUAAAGCUUUCCACAGCUUCAUCCAAGGUCAAGAUCCAACUCAUGUGA